AUGGAUUUGGCCAUUCUGGCUGAUAUAUCACAGAGUCUAAGAACAGAAGAUCUGCACCGACUGCGAGAUGCCAUUCAUGACAUAGUGGAGAGAGUGGGUGUGUCUGAAAGAAGAACUCGCGUCGCUGUUGUCACGUUUGGCGGGAACACCAGGGUCGUAAACAACUUUGCCAACAGCACUUACUAUAACGCAACCUACUUGAAGACACGUGUGACUGAGGCACUGCGUAGUAAAUCGAGACGCGAGGGAACUCGUACAGAUUUGGCUCAACGCCAGGCAGCGACAAAGCUCUUUACUACUGAAGGUGGAGACAGACCCGAUGUCAGAAAUGUGAUGUUAAUCUUUACCGACGGAAAGUUUUACAUCAAGAAAACAUGGGAUAGACGACCUAAUAUUACACUAUUAAACACCACGAGAGAAUUGGAGGUAAUUUGAAUUGAUAUUGUUUUAUCAGUUUUAGAGUCGCUAGAGCAACGUAGCUGGCAACUUGUAUAAAUGCGGAAAAACUUUCUUGUUGCGAUGCAAGAAAUUUCUCCAAUAUAUCUGUAAUAAUCAUUUUAAAGAUUUCCUUCAACAACCCUUCGAUCACAGAACACACUAACUUUGCAUCGAAAGAGAAAGUAAAAAAACUACAGGGUGGUUUUAAUUUUUUUGUGGCUCUGUGUUCCGGCAUAUUUUCAAAUUGGUCAUUCUUGAAAUUCCUGACUCUAGCAGCGCUCCAAAAUAUAGUCUGUUUGCAGAAAUUUCAAUUUAAUUUGCUCUUGUUGCUUCAGCCUUUUUAUAAAUCGUAAUAGGCUGUGUUGUUUCUCCUCUUUCCUCAUUUUUUUUCUCGAUAAGAAAAAAGGUGUGAGAAUCAUUGUGGUUGGAAUUGGGCAAGGUAUGUCAAAAGAGAAGAUGAAGGAAGCGGCUGGUAGCAAAGAAGAGAUUAUACUACACGAUAGUUAUCAGAAAUUGAUUGAGGGACUUCACACGUUGAUCGAUGGAAUAUGCAGUAAGUUAAGGUCAUCAGCUUUGUAUUGCGCAUAUUACAUGCUUAAGUAAGAAUCGAACGAGUCCCUAACCUGGGAAAUGAGUUGUGAAGGGAUGAGAUUUCGAGGCCACUGAACUGACUUCGUUUUAGACUGUCUUAUGAUUAAGGCGGCAGAUUAUAUUCUAUCUUUUUUUUUUUUACACCUGGAAAGCACAUGCUCAUCGCCAUCUUCAAGAAAGCUCCGCCAUCUUUUUGGUGUUAUGGGUAUUACCUCUCCUCUCUAACGUAGGAUCAGUCCUUAGAGGUUGAAGUGCAAACCAUUUAUUGUAGAGAAAUCAGCCUUUGAAGGGAAAGGAUUAUUUGACAUGACAAAAAAUAAAAAAUGCCUGGCUUGCAACCGAUUUUCCGAGUAACUUUCUUGGCCGAACUCAUCACGGAGAGGCUAAUCGCUCAAAACAAAUAUUGAAAACUCCAGUGUUUUUUUUAUCAGUAGACUUUAUGAGAUGCAUGGCUGUGGAAGGGAGGCGAUUUUAUUGUUUUUGUUUUUAUUCAAAUUAAGUUCCAAAAGAUGGGGGCUACUCUAAUUGGUCAGAAUCUGAGUGCAGUGUGACGUGCGGAGGCGGAAUAAAGACUCUUACGAGGACCUGUACCAAUCCCCCACCAAUCAAUGGCGGGAGGGACUGCACCAGACUGGGACCUGCAUCGAAGAAUGUUCCUUGCAAUGAAUAUGCAUGCUCCAGUAAGUCAUUCACUUUCCUUGUAAUUUAUGUCAAGAUAUAGUUGGCCAGUAUUUGUAACGAACAAAACCACUUCCACCUGGUGAGAGACCUCUGUUUUCGUCCUUGUUUUUCCGCAUAGGGGUGGUUAACGGUACUCCUGAAAUUACGACUCUGGAAGCUUUGAUACAGUUGCUUCUCGGUCAGUUCAUGUAACUCGCAACGUGAAAGGAAAUUAUUAACAGUUCUUGGACGAGGUCGACGAGAUAUCGGAUUUGUCAAUGGCAAACAGAUGAAUCAUUUGCCAAGGCUGAAGGCAGAUGGAAAUAAUAAUCGGAACAGGAUACAAGAAAGUAAAUUUACUUAACAUUUCCAAAACUUCACUUUCUUAGUCUCCAAAGGUAACUGAAACCACAGUGUAGCACAGAAAGUUUACUUCGAGAUAUCCAUACCAAAAGGUUCCCAAGCGAACCGUUUAACCCGUAAUAGUGACUAACAUCUAACUUCUCGUUAAAAUAUCACCUCCGAAUCACACAUUUAAGUCGGGAGGAAAAGGAGAUGAUUACCAACCAAAGAAGCUUUUGAUUGUUAAACAAAUUCUCCUUGUCAGCAUCAUGAGAAUUACUUAGGAAACAUUAUUGAAAAAUUCAUACCGAUGUUAAGAUGUAAAGAGAUAACUAAAAUUUCAUGCUAAUGAUAAACUUCUGAAAAUCAUAUUUCUUAAUUCCGGAACGAUGAAACGCAUCUGAAUUUUCGAUCUUCGUAGUCUAAAGGUACUAGAUUUCAGCAAAAAUGCCGAAACAGAAUGCGUCAAAAGAGAUCACAGGUCAAUCAGUCGUAUGAUUCACUUGGUGUUGACUCUGAUAGCAGGGCACGGGGGUUGAAUGUAUGGCGAAAUAAUCGAGAAAUGUUUAGAGAGGGUUCAUGAACGUAUGCUCAUCUUAGCAGUCUAUUGAUAUCAUAAUUAGUUAAAACUUUUUCCAGCGCUCUGAGUACUUUUGACAAGAUUCGCGUAGUGUCUCGACUCCAAGAAUUUGGCAAUUAUGGUGUGGAGGUACUUGCGGUAUAUUUUGUAUUAAAAGAAAUAUUUUCGUCUGUAAUUUAGACUGCAAACGCAUCAUGCUGAGAGAACUGGCACAGAAACAACAAUUACUUAUUUUCCCCGUAUAAAUACGUGAUGAAGUGUUCCUCAUUCAGUUAAGGUGUUGAUAGGAAACUUUCCGGCCAGGCCACGGAGCAUAAGUUUCUAAGCUUUUGAUUCUAACGUCAAUUAACGCAUAAAAAAAAGCCGUCGUGAGAUUGUUGACCAUUUCCUGACAAGUUGCAAGGAGAGUGUAGAAACCUUCAGUUCCGCGAUGUCAAAUUUCAUUUACUCCAUGGUCUUUUUUUUUGGUAUCUUACAGAUCGGAAAUUGUGGUAAGGCUUAUAUCUGAUAUGUUUUCCGUUUGUUUCCUUCCUCAACUAACUUACCUGUUGGGAAGAAGAACAAAUGCAAGCCGUCAACUUUAUUAAAAUAGGCGUGUAAUUUCACUGCUCUGUGUUGGUACAGAGACACCUUGUGCGGGUUUUACAUAUGAAUCCUAGUUUUUUUGUGAUGAAAGCUAGGAUUUAUCAUUUUAGAUUUCUAAGCCGUGCUCUUUAACGACUACACUGUUAAGGGUGUAUUUUGAUGUAUCUUUUUCUACUGCUAUUUUCAUCUUCGAUAUUUCCAGAUCACAUACGUUUUUAGUCGUUAACGAGAACUAAAGUAGAGUCUGGCAGAAAAUAGGCAGAUUUGGAGGACGAAAAAGGCAAAACUCAUGUGGAUUCUUUAAACAAAAUGCAAAGAAAUAUAAAGAAAAUGUCUCCUAUUCACAACAAACGAAAAUAUUUUCAUACGAUUCAACGCAAACGGUUGAUAGACAGACAUCAAAAGCUCCGUUAUUGUUGUUCUUUAAAAUGCAUAGUUAAAACAGCACAUGGAUUGACUUAUUAUUUUUCAUAUCUCCUCAAUAUUUUCUGAGUGAAAAACGCGAGCGGAUUCCAUAAUAACAGUCUCUAAACAUCUCGUCUUUUUUAAGUUUGUCUCUACAAAGAGAAAGAUUUCUGACGGGAAUCUGUAAAAAUAAAAGAAUAUCCAAAAGAAACAUAUUAAACUUGUUACUUGUUCUUGUUGUUCACUUGUUUGAACCGCGAAAGGACUUAGUGUUCUGUUUCUGUACCUUUUCUCCCGACCUUUGACCAUUUUUUUUUAUAUAUGUAUUGUUCAAAGUACAUUUUGACUUUUGUAGUGUUUAUAUUAUCUCUAAGCGGAAAUCCUGCUAUGGCGCCCUAACCUUUCACAACAAGUGAGUUCUGUUGUUUUUCUCUUUAGAUUCUUUAGAUGAGUGUGUAAUACCUAUGGAUUUGGCCAUUCUGGCUGAUAUAUCACAGAGUCUAAGAACAGAAGAUCUGCACCGACUGCGAGAUGCCAUUCAUGACGUAGUGAAGAGAGCGGGUGUGUCUGAAAGAGGAACUCGCGUCGCUGUUGUCACGUUUGGCGGGAACACUAGGGUCGUAAACAACUUUGCCAACAGCACUUACUAUAACGCAACCUACUUGAAGACACGUGUGACUGAGGCACUGCGUAGUAAAUCGAGACGCGAGGGAACUCGUACAGAUUUGGCUCAACGCCAGGCAGCGACAAAGCUCUUUACUACUGAAGGUGGAGACAGACUUGAUGUCAGAAAUGUGAUGUUAAUCUUUACCGACGGAAAGUUUUACAUCAAGAAAACAUGGGAUAGACGACCUAAUAUUACACUAUUAAACACCACGAGAGAAUUGGAGGUAAUUUGAAUUGAUAUUUUUUUUAUCAGUUUUAGAGUCGCUAGAGCAACGUAGCUGGCAACUUGUAUAAAUGCGGAAAAACUUUCUUGUUGCGAUGCAAGAAAUUUCUCCAAUAUAUCUGGCAUUUCCGUAAAUAGUAGUAAUAAUCAUUUUAAGGGUUUCCUUCAACAACGUUUCGAUCACAGAACACACUAACUUUGCAUCGAAAGAGAAAGUAAAAAAACUACAGGGUGGUUUUAAUUUUUUUGUGGCUCUGUGUUCCGGCAUAUUUUCAAAUUGGUCAUUCUUGAAAUUCCUGACUCUGUUUGCAGAAAUUUCAAUUUAAUUUGCUCUUGUUGCUUCAGCCUUUUUAUAAAUCGUAAUAGGCUGUGUUGUUUCUCCUCUUUCCUCAUUUUUUUUUCUCGAUAAGAAAAAAGGUGUGAGAAUCAUUGUGGUUGGAAUUGGGCAAGAUGUGUCAGAAGAGAAGAUGAAAAAAGCGGCUGGUAGCAAAGGAAAGGUUAUAAUACGCAACAGUUAUCAGGAAUUGAUUGAGAAACUUCACGAGUUGAUCGAUGAAAUAUGCAGUAAGUUAAGGUCAUCAGCUUUGUAUUGCGCAUAUUACAUGCUUAAGUAAGAAUCGAACGAGUCCCUAACCUGGGAAAUGAGUUGUGAAGGGAUGAGAUUUCGAGGUCACUGAACUGACUUCGUUUUAGACUUUCUUAUGAUUAAGGCGGCAGAUUAUAUUCUAUCUUUUUUUUUUACACCUGGAAAGCACAUGCUCAUCGCCAUCUUCAAGUAAGCUCCGCCAUCUUCUUGGUGUUAUGGGUAUUACCUCUCCUCUCUAACGAAGGAUCAUUCGUUAGAGGUUGAAGUGCAAGCCAUUUAUUGUAGAGAAAUCAGCCUUUGAAGGGAAAGGAUUAUUUGACAUGACAAAAAAUAAAAAAGGCCUGGCUUGCAACCAUUUUCCGAGUAACUUUCUUGGCCGAACUCAUCACGGAGAGGCUAAUCUCUCAAAACAAAUAUUGAAAACUCCAGUGUUUUUUUUAUCAUUAGAUUUUAUGAGAUGCAUGGCUGUGGAAGGGAGGCGAUUUUAUUGUUUUUGUUUUUAUUCAAAUUAAGUUCCAAAAGAUGGGGGCUACUCUGAUUGGUCAGAAUCUGAGUGCAGUGUGACGUGCGGAGGCGGAAUAAAGACUCUUACGAGGACCUGUACCAAUCCCCCACCAAUUAAUGGCGGGAGGGACUGCACCAGACUGGGACCUGCAUCGAAGAAUGUUCCUUGCAAUGAAUAUGCAUGCUCCAGUAAGUCAUUCACUUUCCUUGUAAUUUAUGUCAAGAUAUAGUUGGCCAGUAUUUGUAACGAACAAAACCACUUCCACCUGGUGAGAGAUUUCUUGCAGUUCGGUAACAUAGAAAACUCAGCAAUUUAAUCAAAGAAGAAACGAACGAACGGACAAGUGGCUAUGGAUGGAUAAGAUCACCAAAAAAAAUGUGCAUGACUGAAUUUAGUUCAAAGUUAGACAUUUUAUAUUUAAACGGUACCCAGUCAGUGACCUACCCUGAAACAUGGAAUCUUGUGAGGAUUAUGUUUUGCGGAUUACCUUUCUAUUUUGGCCACAAAUAAUUUUUGAGGUUUAAAGUUUAUGAAAUUUCAGCCAGGACUUUAUUUUGAGGGUCUUUUUUCGAGCAGUGUAACACUGAAAAGAAAAUUUUCUUCCGGCUUGUCGAGUUCAUCAGUGAAGAGCUGGUCGGGUUAAUGAUUCGUAUAUCGAUGUCAGUUAGAGUGCUAGUUGAACUCUUUUUUCCCAGAAGAGAUUAACACCAAACUUCUCCCUAUAUUAUUCCUACAUUGUCCAGCAAACAGGUGAUGAGAAUACCCAAACUUAUCAGAUAGAUUUUUGUUAUCCUCGUCUAACACCAAAUUCUCAUAACUAAUUUACAAGGAAAUCUGUAACAGCUAGAAGAGAGAAUUGACAAUAAGAUAUUAAGAGUUGAAGGGUUCAUGGAAGCGAAAAGUGAUACAUGCAGAGUUUUUCAUUUGGUGUUUCGCAUUUGCGGUAUAUUGCCGUGCAGAUUUCUUUUUUCUUCAGGAAAUUACCUUUUCAGAUAAAGGUCUAUUGGAAAAUCCACAAAGAUUAAAUGCCUCAAAAUUUUUACGCCGCUCCGUAGCUCUUGAAAGGGCUUUUUAUGAUUGCACGAAAAAGGUAGAUCUAUCCUGGGUGCUAUGUUGAAAGGUGCGUUAGCCAAGCACUUACAAAAGAUAGUUUACACUGAUCUUUUUGUUGGGUAAUCUAGUAUGCCCCAUGGAUGUGGCGUUUAUCAUGGACUCUUCUGGAAGCAUAAAGCGAGCGGAAUUCUACGAGGAAAGACUCCUCGUCAAGAAGCUGGUGGAGCAGGUGACAGCAACUGGUAACCGGGAAGCUCUGAUUUUGUUCGGUUCAUCAGCGAGUGUAAAAGCUCAACUUGGACAGUACGAUACCGCUGAAAAGUACAUAGAAGUUGUACAAAAACUACGAAAGAAAAAUGGAAGAACUCGAAUCGACAGGGCUCUAAAUGUGGCUGUUGAUGAGGUGUUCUCUUCUGCGAGACCCUAUGCAUAUAAGAUUGUCGUCGUUCUAAGUGAUGGCGUACAAUCCAGAGGAGCUAAAAGCUUGAGGGAGAGUUCCAGACCCCUUCGACAGGCGAACGUUCGUGUAUUAGCGGUGGGGAUUGGAACUGGUAUGGCGAAAAAUAGAUUGAGGCUAAUGACAGGACGUGAUAACGAUGUUGUGGAUGUGAAAGAUAUUGAAGGAUAUCUGCAGGGUAUAAUGACCGAAAUUUAUCGAAAGCCUUGCGUGCGUAAGUAUCAACUUGUGAAGUUUUUACAAAGGAGGAGAAUAAGGUCUGAAAAUUAAUUCCCCAUACCGGUCUUCUUUCGAAGCUUCUCCCUCAUCUCAUCAUCCUUCACCAAAACUGAUUUUUCUUUCAGAGCAUCACAUAAAACGAUAAUAUCGUGUUUGACUUUUAAUUGUUGUUUUUUUUUCUGUCUUUGUUUCUUUUAGCUCCAAUAGCAGCUGGAAACAUCUGGGGUAUAAGUCACUCUUUCGUCGUUGUUGUUAUUUCUCUGCCAUAAGUCAUGCAGCACUCUUGUACCCAGAGAUACAAGUCACUCUUUCGUCAUUGUUGUUAUUCUCCGCCAUUAAUAAUGCAGCACUCUUGUACCCAGAGGUACAAGUCACUCUUUCGUCAUCAACCAGUCUACGUAAUUAGUCAUGCAGCACUUCAUCUAUGUCGGGCAUAUUGCGUCUUUGGGACUUGCUAGGUUCUAAUCCCAAAAAAUGCCGGUAGAGUACUACAACAAUCAGCUGAUUCUCUGAUAACAUUCCCGCUUACACGUUACUCCUUAAGAUUGCGCAGUAUAUUUGUAAAUAUACUCGUUCGGUUUAUUUUUUCCAAUGUGUUAUUUUCAGAAUGUGUGGACCAUCCUCUCUACACAAGCUUUUGUGAAAGGAAAGCAACAGAGCACAUGUGUUGGGAACAUGCAGAUU